AUGGAGGGGUUCCUGUCCACGCUUCCACCGUACAAUGUCUGCGCUAACCCGAUGUGGGCUCCCGCAGCUCAGGACAUCAGAUGGGGAAAGAUAGAGGGCCGCUUCAUGACCCCCCAGGGCCUCAACUACCUGGAGCUCUGCAAGGCCAUCCUGUCCCAGGUCAACCCCAGUUUACCCCCUCGACUCAAGAAUGCAAACACCAAAGAGUGCGGCGUGCAAGUAAACGCCAAAGUGGAUAAAAUCGUGCAGUGCUCGCUGGGUCCCAAAACACUGUUCUGCUUGGAGGGCGAUCAUGCCGUGUACUCAAAGUUCCCCAAGAACCCGGAGGUGUUCAAACCGGAAGGGAAGGCGCUCUACAACACGCCAACAAUGAGCAACAUGCGUUUCCUGAGGCCCGUUUCCAUCUACUCGCCGGUGUUUGACCGCAGGAUCUUCAAGAAGAAACUUGGUGAUGACGAUGGAAGUGAAGGAGAAGCUGAAGCCGCCGAACAAGCCGAGUCUGACAAGGAUGAUGAGACGGAUCACAGUGGCGAGGACACCGUGAAGGACUUCAAGACAACUUUCCGCAGGUCUUCAAAGGGGUCCAGCUUUCAGUUCCUGGAGCAGAGGUAUGGCUUUUUCCACUGCAAAAAGUGCAACAUCCGGUGGGAGAGUGCUUAUGUGUGGUGCAUCUCUGGAACCAGUAAGGUGUACUACAAGCAGCUCUGCAGGAAGUGUCAAGUGGGGUUUAACCCCUACAGAGUGGAAUCCAUCCUCUGCAAGGGCUGCUCUCAGACUUGCUGCAGCUGUGAGAAGAAGCAGAGGCACAUUAACAUGAAGAGGCCUCACCGCCAGGACCUGUGUUGUCGAUGCAAGGGCAUGAGGUUGUCCUGUGACGCCACAUACAGCUUCAAAUACAUUGUCUGAGCUGCCCCAUGCUCUAUUCCUGAGCAGACAUCUAGUACCUGUACAUGUCACAAAUGGAUGUUGUCUCCAGUAAUGGACUUUAGAUUUAGAAGAUUAAUAUAUUCUCCUACCAGAGAGUAGAUGAAUCUCUGUCUUGGUUUGUUUCUUGGAAGCAACUUCUCAAAAAGUCUGUUUCCCUUUUAUUAAUCCUGGAGCUGAACUGAAACAUGAAAACUGUUUUUUUGUACGAAGAAACUGUUUAUGCAAUAAACAUACUGCAUAUCAAAAGUUGAA